GCCCCGCGCGGCGGCCGGGGGGCGGCGGCCUCGGGCCUCGGGGCCUCGGGGCGGCCAGCCAUGACCUUCGGGCGCAGCGGGGCGGCCUCGGUGGUGCUGAACGUGGGCGGCGCCCGGUACUCGCUGUCCCGGGAGCUGCUCAAGGACUUCCCGCUGCGCCGCGUGAGCCGGCUGCACGGCUGCCGCUCGGAGCGCGACGUGCUCGAGGUGUGCGACGACUACGACCGCGAGCGCAACGAGUACUUCUUCGACCGGCACUCGGAGGCCUUCGGCUUCAUCCUGCUCUACGUGCGCGGCCACGGCAAGCUGCGCUUCGCGCCGCGGAUGUGCGAGCUCUCCUUCUACAACGAGAUGAUCUACUGGGGCCUGGAGGGCGCGCACCUGGAGUACUGCUGCCAGCGCCGCCUCGACGACCGCAUGUCCGACACCUACACCUUCUACUCGGCCGACGAGCCGGGCGCGCUGGGCCGCGACGAGGUGCGACCUGGAGGGGCCGAGGCGGCCCCCUCCAGGCGCUGGCUCGAGCGCAUGCGGCGGACCUUCGAGGAGCCUACGUCGUCGCUGGCCGCGCAGAUCCUGGCCAGCGUGUCGGUCGUGUUCGUGAUCGUGUCCAUGGUGGUGCUGUGCGCCAGCACACUGCCUGACUGGCGCGCCGCGGCGGCCGACAACCGCAGCCUGGAUGACCGGAGCAGGUACUCCGCCGGCCCUGGGAGGGAGCCCUCCGGGUAGGACGCACUGCUUCUCUGGCCGUCCCGUCCGUCCUGUCGCGUCUGUCCGUCCCGUCCGUCGGUGCCGUCUCCGUCCUGUUCACCUCCGGGCUGCCAGCCAGACCGGGUUGCGGGCCCAGCGAGGCCAGCCAGGGGACGGGUUGGCCCUCACUCCCCACUCCUAUUUUCCUGGCACCAGGCGGCUGUGGUCCAUACACUAGACUCUCUUCUGGAGGGCGAAUCGCGAGGCAUGGGGAGGGGCAGGUAGAGAUAAACAAGCCUCCCAUCUUUUAGUUUACUUUUGAGCAUAUAGCAACUAGUUAAUUAGAUGUCCCUAAACUUUGUUAGUAUUCAACAGUUUAACCUUGGGCUAA